AUGUCGAGCACAGUGUUUCUGUCAGUACUCCUGAUGCUGGGGGGUUUCUUUGGGGCAGCGGCGUCUGACUUGCAGGUCUACAGGAAAUCAAUCCACAGUGCUUUGCUGAGCAGUGAUGAUGGAAGACGCACUGUGAGGAAACAGCCACACCAACAGACAAAAAGUGAAAUAGGCAGGAGUUUGGAUUAUGAGAGUUUCAAAGCACGCAUGACCCCCAGCACCACAAAAAUCAGCCUCCCCAACAUCAUCAAGUUCUACCCGCCCACCGCCAAACCUCUCCACCUGCACGCCAACAUGCCCAUGCGCUUCGGACGGGAGAUUAGUACUGGUGACGACAGGGUCCCAAACUCGAGCCCCAACAUGCCCCAGAGGUUUGGGCGGUCCUGGGAGGUGAUUCGAUUGUGUCCCGAGUGCCCUGUUGUCCGAGAUGCAGCGAACCCGAUGCUGCCUCAGAGGUUUGGGAGAAGCAGUCCAUACUGGAGCCUUCUGAGGACUCUGGCCAAUGCACAGUUAAUGAACACUGGCUUGCCGUGGGCUGAAGAUUUUAACUUUACAACCAGCUCAGAAGAGGUGACGCCAGAGAAGACCUUUAGAGGAUGA